AUGCGGAGGUAUUUUGUAGACAGAAAGAAUUUUUUGAAAGAUUUGUUGCAAGACUUUCUCGUCUCUAGUCUUACCAAUGAAGUUUUUGCAAGUCAGCAAAACUUCAUUGGGUGUGGGGAGACGUACACGAGGACCAACAGGAUCGUAGGAGGGAGCGACUCUGCCUUCGGGACGCAUCCUUGGCAGGUGGCCAUCAUCAAGGAGUCCUUCCUGAGCAAGCGCAUUGCCUGCGGAGGAGCUCUCCUCAACGAGUACUGGGUCAUCACUGCAGCUCACUGCGUCUACUCCACUCCCAUAAACAACAUGAAAGUGAGACUGGGAGAGUGGAACGUGAGGCAGCAGAAUGAGAAGCUGCCCCACGAGGACUUCGAUGUCGCCAAGAAGGAGGUGCACCCGCAGUACCAGGCUGCAGAUUUCCAGAACGAUGUGGCGCUGGUGAAGGUCAAUAGGAAGAUCAUAUACAAGGAACACAUCAUCCCGGUGUGUCUACCAAAGCAAGGAGACUCCUUUGUAGGGGAGUAUGGUACAGUGACAGGAUGGGGGCGACUCUCUCAUGGGGUGUCGUCGACGCCAGAGGUGCUGCAGGAGGUUGACGUCGAGGUGCUGAGAAAUGACGUGUGUCAGUCUUGGUUUAAGGCUGCCGGGAGGAGAGAGACUAUUUAUGACGUGUUCCUCUGUGCUGGCUACAAGGACGGUGGCAAGGAUAGCUGUCAGGGGGACUCGGGUAGUCCGUUGACCCUCAUGAACAGUGGCCGUCGUUACCUGAUUGGUCUGGUCAGCUGGGGUAUUGGAUGUGCCCGCCGCCACCUGCCAGGAGUCUAUACUAAUAUUGCUUUGUUUUCUAACUGGAUUCAAAAAACUAUACAAACUUGAGUUUAGAAACUUAGCAACUUAUUUUGAAGCGGUAACUUGGCUGUUUUUAUUAUUUAUAUGUCAAGUGUUUUGUGGUACUUGGUGCCACAGAAAUGCCAGUCAGGGAUGUCCUGUGGAUAAAAAGGAUUUUUUUUUCACACGGAGAGUAUAAUACCUUUAUCACUUUUUAGUUGACGUGAGGGUGUUAGACCCUCCUGUAGUUAGACCUUUAUUCAUUACGGUAUUUGUUUUUCUGUUAAAAUUAAUAAAGGUCCAACUUCUGAAAUAAAAAUCAUUGUUUUUUCGUAUAAAAUGUUAAUUUGCAUAUCUGUACCCCAUUCACUGAAGUAAAAAGUAACUUUCUUGAAGCCACUACUGCUAUAUCCAAGUUUAUAGAUUGUAUCUUGGGAAAUCCUUUGCUUUUCAACGGGGCGUAAAACAGCUCUGGAUGGCCAGGAAAUGGUUGAUUACUUAACGGGUCACCUAAAAAGACACGGAGUGUCGAGAAACAUUUUCCUGGCCACCAAAACCCUACCUAUCACAGUACAAACACUACACAUUAUACGCCCGAAAACCACAGGCAAACUGAUUUGAGUGAAAUACCCCAAACUAGCCUAGACUCAAAUGUUAUGUAAAAACUAUUUACAUUUAAAUAUCCAUAUGCUGAUGUAAAUUAGUUUGAUGCUUUAUAAAGCUCUGCAGUGUCUGAUAUGUCAGUAUAGGAAAAAUGCUAAAUUUGUAUUUUUCGUACCCAGUUACAUUAUAAGAUUCGAAACAGCAUCUUAGAGAGCAGUUUUUUAUUCCAAAAUAUUGUGGAGGUAAGAGCUCCUCCAUGAAUAUAAGAGAUAGGCACGUUCGAGGUUUCUUCUUUUUAUCCGUGCUUUAUCACUAAUUUCAUAUUUUAAAUGUAUUGCUACCAUAGUAAGUUUGAGUGUACCUUAUUUUCCGACAUAUAAGGCGCGCUUUUUUUUUUUUUUUUUUUUUUUUUUUUUUACCCC